AUGGAAGAAGACAUCAUGAUGGAAGUCCCUAGGGAUUUUCGACCCUUCUCGGAAGCCAUAGAAGCCGAGAUCAUCCCCAAGGACCAUCGGAUACCCCAGGUGGGACCCUUCGAUGGAACCCAGGAUCCCAGUCAGCAUCUGACGGACUUCCGAGCUCAAAUGCUGAUCUGUGGAGGGAGCAUGGAAGUCCGUUGCAAAUUGUUUAUGGGGACUCUCAAAAAGGCGGCGCUCGAUUGGUUCAGUGGUCUCCCUGACCGAUCCAUCACCGAUUUUGAUAUUUUCAGUCGGCUUUUCAUGGCCCAAUUUGCCGCUAACAAGAAGAAGCCACCGAUCACGUCGGACUUGUUCGACCUUAAACAGCAGCGGGAGGAGUCGUUGAAAGAUUUUCUGCAAAGGUUCAAUGAAGUCGCCCUGAGAAUAGCAUCCUUGGAUGAGAGCAUGGCGGUCAUCGUAUUCCAGAAGGGCUUAAGGUCCGGGGCCUUCGACAUCGCGCUGGAGAGAGCGAACUGUCAAACGAUGUCGGAGGUGAGGGCUUUCGCCCUGAGUCAUAUCAAGACGGAGGAAGGACAGGUUAACAAAAGGGCUGCUGAGAGCCGAGAGGAGCUAGGAGGAAGUAAUAAGGAGAGCAGCAAACAUCUUCGACCGCGUUUGGACUGGAAUAAGCGACGCGACCGCUAUAACGUGAAGGAGGGCAAUUACCGACAGGCCGAUCGGGGAGGUCGACCAAGGGGAGAGUGGACACCAGUGACGAAGCGCCAAUUGGGUCCCUUCAAGACCGACUGGUGUGAGUUUCACAGGACUCACGGACACUCUACGAAAAAUUGCUUCGUCCUAGGAAGGCAGAUUGAACGCUUGAUCAAGGAGGGAUGCCUGAAAAAGUUCGUGGCGAGAAAACAGGAAGAAGGCUCGUCAGAGAGGCGACACCAGCGUACGCAGGACGACACAAGGAGGGAUAGGCAUAGAGAGAGAACUCCCCCCAAGGACACCCCAGCAAGCUCGUCGGAGAUCCAUCAGCAAGCAGUCCAUGGGGAUUUCAAUACAGUGGCGGGAGGAUUUGCAGGAGGAGGCGUCACCUUGGCCGCACGGAAAAGGUACACGCGCUCUGACUUGUCACUGUCAGAAACCCGCCAAUCAACUCAGCCGAAAAUUUCAUUCUCGGAUGCCGACUAUGAAGGGGUAGCUCCUCACGAGGACGAUCUUAUCGUCAUCUCAACCAUAGUGAUGGGUUAUAAUGUGAAGCGUGUCCUCGUCGACCAGGGAAGUUCGACCGACAUCCUCUUUUGGGAAGCUUUUGUGGGAAUGAAGAUCCCCAACGACCGAUUGGUGCCUUACGCGGGAACCCUGGUAGGAUUCGCAGGAGAUCAGGUCAUAGCUAAGGGGUACGCCGAUUUAGAAACAACAUUCGGCCAAGGUUCACAGAUGAAGACGGUGACUAUUCGGUACUUAGUGGUGAAUGCUCAGUCGUCCUACAACAUACUCAUCGGCAGGCCUACGCUGAACAAACUAGGGGCCAUUGUGUUAACUGCGCAUCUGAAAGUAAAGUAUCCGUUGCCAAAUGGAGAGGUCAGAAUCCUCAGGGUGGACCAGGAGGUCGCCCGGAAGUGCUACUCGGACAGUUUGAAGGCGAGGAGACGUUUAUACACCACACCGGAUGAAAGACACAUUCAUUCCAUCGAGCUGGACCCUAGGAUGGGACAGUUUGAUCAACGACCCGCCCCAGCAGAAGAUCUCAAGGAGGUGGAGGUGAUGGAAGGGAGAAACGUGAAGAUAGGCACGUCUUUAACCCCUGAGGAUGAAGAAAAGCUAAUCAGGGUUCUAAAAAACAAUGUGUCGGCAUUCGCAUGGCAUUCUAGCAACAUGCCCGACAUUGAUCCAGACUUCUUGUGCCACAAACUGGCUCUAAACCCUAGCGCGAAGGCGGUGAUCCAGAAGAGAAGGAAGUUCGGCAAGGAAAAGAGAAGGGCGAUCGCGAAAGAGACACAAAAGUUAGUGAUGGCAGGACAUGUCUGA